UAAUGUUUAAGAAAAAUGUCCCGAAAAAGAUCUGGUGUCAAAUAUAAUUCUUAAGAUUUUCUUCCGACUACACUGUUACACACUGUUGCUUAAUUCAGGCUUUAUCCCUUUCCACCGAAAAGGGUUCCGGAGCAAACGGAAUCAAGACCAGAGGAUACCCGGGGCAUAAGGGAUAUCCGGAGUUGAAGGUAUGGAGGGACCAGGGGAAGGAUCAGGGCUGAUAUCGGAGAAAAAUGAAGGAAAUCCUUCUUCAGUAUCCCCUGCAUCUGGAGAAACCUCCUCAGUUACUUUUCAACCCUCGACGUAUGCAUCAAGUAGGGUUGAGAUUAGAUUAUCUUCAGCUGAGAACUAUUGUAUCCCGGAGCAGGGUUUCAUAGAUCGAAACCUUCUCUCUCCUGACGAUGCUCGGAUUUCGAACUCGUUAGGUUCUCCUAGACUUAGGAAGAAAAGAGUUACUUUUGAUAACAAGAACUGUGCCAGAGAACCGGAAAAUAAUAUGAAUGGAGGAUCUGAUAAACCUAGAGAUCUAAACCAGGCUGAUCCAACCGAAACUACAAACAAUAUUUUACUCUCCGGAGAUAUUUCUAAACCCCGUCCUAGACCUCAGAUUUCCAGCAGCGACGUCAAGUGCAUGAUGGCGAAUUCCUUUGAUCGUCCUGUCCAAGAGAACCAGCCCCUGAACCAUGUUUCAAGAAAAAAUAAAACUUUGAACCCGAUUACAAAGAAAAGUUUAUCCAUGGACCAGAUUUAUAGAAAAAAUCAAAACCUUAACCCGGAUUCUAAAAAACAUUUAUACGUGAACCCGGAUACAAAGAAAUAUCCAAACCUAAACCCGGAGUCAAAGAAGCCUCCAAACUCGAACCCGGAUACAAAGAAGAAUUUAAACCUGGAGCAGGCUCCGAGGAAAUAUUUAUCCCUGGAUCAGAUUCCACGUAGAUAUUCAACCCUGGACCAGACAAGGAAGCAACUUACCUUGAGGAUUAGAAAAAACAGAAUAGAGAAACCUCCACUUAGAGGUUCUCGUGAUCCAACCCAUCCCAACAACAGGAAUACAAUCCGAUAUUCAUAUAUAUAUAUAUCAAUUAUAGUAUUUUAA